CUCAUCAAAAUGAAUUUUGUUUUGGUUAGAUGUCAAAUCCCGCUUUCGUAAAAUAUUUUGAUUACUACAAAAAUGUGAAAUUUUUUUUGUAUCCAUUUCAUUGUUUAUUGUGAAAAUAAGAAAACAUUUUACUAAAAGGAUCCGCGUUAUUUAUCCCAUUAUACCACGAUGUCAGACAAAAAACCGUUGCGGAUGGUGUUAAGGGGUGUUAAUCAUACGCACACUCCUGAAGAUAUAGCUGCAGACUUGGAAAGUAAACAGGUGAAAGUUUUGAGCGUGCAACCGGUGUUUGGAAAAGGAAAGGCGAAAAUGGAUCUGUUGGUUAAUUUCGAGCAAGGCACCAUACUAGCUGAGAUAACAAAGACCAUCAAACUCGUCUGUCAGCAAAAAAUUUCGUGGCACCCAUACAUUAGAAAAGACAUUGGCACCAAAUGUACAAAAUGUCAAUGUUUCGGUCAUGCCGCAUCCAACUGUGACCUGGAAUACCUCUGCGUAAAGUGCCCCAACAGACAUGCUCCUGGAGAUUGCCAACUCGAAGAUGUUAAGCCUGCUGCUAGCGUGAAUGAUAACAAUGACCAACCAGGGCCAGAAUACCUCUGCGUAAAAUGUCCCGUAAGCCAUGCUCCAGACGAUUGCCCCCUCGAAGACGUUAAGCCCGACAUUUGCGUUGAUUACACCAGUGACCAACCAGUGCUGGAAUACCUUUGCGUAAAGUGCUCGCACAGACAUGCAUCGGAAGAUUGCCCACUCGAAGACGUUAAGCCAGACAUUAGUGUGUACAGCAACAGCGACUUCUCCCCAGAGCUGGAAUACCUUUGCGAAAAGUGCGCUAACAGACAUGCUCCGGGAUAUUGUCCUUUCGAAGACGUUAAGCCAGCUAUUAGCGUGAACAGCAGUCAUUCCGAUAACCACAAAAAAAUGCCAGUUAACACCAAACGCGUCAAAAAAUCAAAGAAAUCGGCAAAUAAAGAACCGAGAACUUACCACUGUACAGCAUGCAGCAAGGUAUUUAAGUCAAAAAGCAAUUUUCAGGAUCAUUUCAGGAUCCAUAGCGGUGAAAGACCAUUUGAGUGUUCAUUUUGUAAGAGAACUUUCAGUCAAAGCAGCAGUUUGACCGUACAUCUUAGAAUUCAUACUGGGGAAAAGCCUUUCGUCUGUCAAACGUGCAAUAAAGAUUUCAGUGACAAGAGUGCUCUGGGAAGGCAUCUUAAAAUCCAUUAUGGUAUAAAGCGAUUCGGUUGUCCUGUCUGUGGCAAAGCUUUCGGUCGAAAUGAACAUUUGACUACUCAUCUUCGCGUUCAUUCUGGUGAGAGACCAUUCAGCUGCAACAUUUGUCAGUCGUCAUUCGCCGAGAGCUCGACUUUGGCCAGACAUUUACUAAUUCACUCCGGGGAAAAACUGUUCUCGUGUGACAUUUGCAAGAAGCCAUUUCGACAAAAAAAUCAUGUAAGAAAACACAUGCAUAAUCACGUCGACAACGGUACAAUUUUUGAGUGCCGCGUAUGCAAAAUGCAAUUCAAUAAAAAAUUCGACCAGACCGAGCACCAUCUCAAAUGCCCUCUGAAAGGUAAUAAGAAAAAGCACAGUAAAUCCAAGCAAAUAGCUGAGAUAUCCCCGUACAUGCUUGCAUUUUCGUCUAGUACGGACAAUUAUUUUUAAUAGAAAAGAAGCUAACUGGACCAGCAGAGUAGUGGAAUUCCCGAUUAUUUUCCUGUUUUUUUUCUCAUUCUUAUCUUAUGAUUAAUUCUGUUGAUAUAACAACUUCUGUCCGCGGAAGGUACAUAAAUAAAUUUCCAUUUGAACAGAAUUUUCGAUGAAAA